AUGGCAGAAGAGGUAAUGCAAGAUGUAUUGCAUUUGAAAGAACGACUGCUGAAAGUCGGCGACCCAGCUAAGAUACUGAAGUUGUUGGAACGACUGCAGGAUUUAAACAUUACAGUGGAUGUUCUGGUGGAAACAGGAAUAGGAAAAACAGUAAAUGGAUUCAGGAAAAAUAAAGAUGUUGGUGACAUUGCUAAAGAGUUGGUUUACCGGUGGAAAAAAUUAAUACCCCAACAAGCAUCUGGGAGUAACAGAGAAAAGAAUGAAAGGAGUGUGGAAAGUGACCAUGACCAUGUCAAGAAGAAGUCUAAAAUGAAAAAUGCCAGCAAGUUGUCAUCAAGAGAGUCUGGCCACAUAGAAACAGUACAUGCCAAUAAGUGUCCAAGACCCUUAAAUGAGGGAGAAAGCCCAGAGAAACAAAAAGGAACAGUCUUUUAUGGACAGCCUUCCAUGGAGAGUGCAGAGCAAUUAAAGACCAGUGAGCUCAAAUCUUCAUGGAAAGAAGUUCAUCAUUGUGCAUUGACAAGUAAUUCAUUGCCAGACCAACAAUUAUUUAAAUGUGAAAAAUCAGCAUCUUCCCAGAAGAAGAAAAUUACGUCGUCAAGAAGAGAUAGAAAGCCAGCAGGUAGUGAUGAAAUCGCAAACCGCCAGCAUAAGAGAAAUUCUUCAGCAGCAGUCUCUGCUCCACCCUGCAAGGACGAUAAAGAACCACCUCAUUCAGGAAAGAGUAUUCCUAAAAAUGGUGAAAAAAAGAAAAAUACAUCUGUGAAUGAAACAAAACAUUCCAAUUCAGUUUGCAAAGUAGAGGAAUAUUCUGGGAAGAAGAGAGGACCAUACAAGUCACAGGACAUCACUCAUGAACCUAAACAGUGUAUUCAAGGUGAGGAAAUGAAAGCUUUAUCAGACUGUGAAAAUGAAGAGAUUGAGAAACCACUUAUGUCAUUUGAAUCAUAUCUAAACUAUGAGGAACCACAGAAAAAAGCACGGAGACACCACAAAAAUAAGAAUGUGCCCAAUUUAGGAAAGGACAACUGCUCUAAGAUAACCUUGCCCACCAAGAAGGAGAGUGAUGGAUGUCAAUUAUCUCAUCGGAAGGAAAACACAAGCAAGGGAAAUGCGUUAAAAAGAAAUCAAUCUGAUGAGGACAUUUGGACUGGAGAAGCAAAUAAAAAGGCUAAAGUUGAUAUAAGUACUUUGUUGGACAUCCCAUUACCUAAAUUUCUACCAGAUGUCACUGAUGUCUCCUUUGAUUUUUCGCUUACGUCACCAAUUAAAAAAUCAGCAGCAGCGACCGAUGUUUCUGAGAACACGACGGAAUUUACUGGUCGGAGAUUGAACUGCAAAAUGCAAGUGUAUUCGGGCUGUAAAACAACAAACAUUUUGAAGAUGAUGACUCUUUAUGAACAGUGCAUCCGAGUCCUUCAGAACAACAUUGAUUCCAUCCACGAAGUUGGUGGUGUGCCAUUUGAGAUCAUCGAGCCAGUGCUUGACCGGUGUACUUCAGAGCAGCUCUGUCGAAUUGAGGACUGCAACCCGAGCUUUAUCGAACAGACUGAUCACCUCUGGAUGAAACAUUGUAAAAAAGACUUCAAAAAUGAACAGCCCCACGAGUAUGAGUCAUGGCGUGAGCUGUAUCUGAGGCUUUACAACGAGCGAGAACAUAAACUGAAAAUACUAACUCAAAGUAUUAGUUCUGCACAUGCUAAUAAACCCAAAGGUCGUCAAGUAAAAUUGGCAUAUGUAGAUAUUUCUGCAAAGCCGCCCAGGAAUGUUCUCCGGCAGCAAGGAAAACACGGAACUGCGGGGACCACAAUUCCAAGCUCUUCCAAGCAGAGGGUGAAAUCUUCUGGGAGCACAGACUGUUCUGUCCCUGCUGGAGGAAGUGGCAUUUCUAAUGGAACAAAGAGUGGUGGUAGCAGUAUUGCUGCAAGUAGUCAUUCAGGACUGGAUGCAAAGAGGCAAGUUAAAAAAAUUGCACCAAUGAUGGCAAAAUCAUUGAGGGCCUUUAAGAACCGGCUUGGUCCGCGGUAAAUCAUUGGCGAUGGCUGCUUCACUCACUUUUGUUGUCACUUGAAUGUUUUGUUUCGAAGGUGGGACAUUUAUUUACCAUCAUUACUUUUUGUAUACUAUUUGGACCAAUAUGUGCAUAAUGCACAUACUUUUGUUUUGCAAGUUAUAAAUCACUUGCUGAAUACUGGAUUAAAUUUGGUAUAAACUUAGACAAAACAAAAUGAGAGAUUUGAAGUGACUUGCAGAUCUCUAACUUAUAAAAAUUGAUAAACGUACA